UAGUGAUGAGGAGUUUACACAAGCUAGAGAAAGGGUGAGAACUUGCACAAGUAACUUGUUGCACAUUGCCCAACAAUUGCAAAAAGAAGCUGCUGAGGGGAAUUUAAAUACACAAACACCACCAGUGAGAGAUCCACCUAGAGUAGAUGUAGGCACAUGGUAUGAAAGUGAGUAUUAUGAUAGUCAGGAUGACUGUGAAACACCCCCAGACAGUGGUGAUGAGAAUGAGGGUGGCAGGAGGUCAAGAAGAGGGAUGCUAGUUGGUCCAGAAACUGAUUUCACUAAGUUUGAGUGGAAAGUAGGCCAGAGGUUUACAACAAGAGAUGAUUUCAAGAAUGCUGUGGCUAAGUAUGCAAUCAUGCAAGGAAGAAAUGUCAUUGUCACAAUAAGCAACAAAGCUAGGAGGCAGGAGGUUGGAGUCACUUGUGAUAAAAGUUGUCCAUUCUACUUGUAUGCAUCUUGGCAUUCACACAAAGCCACUUUCAUGGUCAGGAAAGUAGUUGGGGUGCACCACUGCCAUAGAAACAUGAAAAAAAAAGGCAGUUAAAGACAACUUGGGUAGCUAGGGAAAUGUUAGAAGUAUUCAAGGCAAGGCCACAUUGGCCUGCCAAGGACAUCAUUGAAACUGUAAAAAGGGCAUACAAGGUAUUGGUUACAAAAACAUUUGCAUAUAAAGUUAAGUAUGCAGCACACAAGAUGUUGCAUGGAUCUAUGCAAGACCAUUACCUGAAGGUAGGAAGGUACAUGGCAGCCUUGAAGUCUUCAAGCCCUGGUACAGUUGUGGAGUUGGUAACUGAUGGAUCCAAACAAGCUAACCCUCCAAUAUUUCAAAGGUUGUUCUGCUGUUUUGAAGGACUUCAAAAAGGGUGGAGUGAAGGUUGCAGGAAGGUGAUAUGUGUAGAUGCUGCUUUCUUAAAGACCUUCUUUGGGGGUCAGAUUAUUGCAGCUGUAGGGAGGGAUGCUAAUAAGCAAAUGUUCCCAAUUGCUUGGGCAGCAGUUGAAGGGGAAAACAACUUGUCAUGGGAGUGGUUUUUCCUCCACCUACAAACUUGUUUGCAACUGGGAGAUGGCACUGGAAUUGCUAUCAUUUCAGAUGAGCACCAGGCUAUCCUAAAUGCAGUGGCAUCUGUUCUCCCUAAGGCAGAGCACAGACAUUGUGCUCGUCAUGUUUUUGCCCACUGGCAUAAAAACUUUAGGGGAGAUGAGAUGAAACUCAUGUUCUGGAAGAUAGCCAAAGCAUAUAGUCUAGCUGACUAUAAUGAUGCUAUGGCUGAGCUUGAGGAGGUAAAUGCUGAUGCUGCCCAUGCUUUCAAGGCCUAUAAUCCAAAGGUUUUUUGUCGAGCCUUCAUGAACACAUCCAUUAAAAGUGAUGCCAUCACUAAUAACAUGGCUGAAACUUUUAAUGGAUAUAUAAUCAAUGCUAGGACUAAGCAUUUGAUUUACAUGAUGGAGGACAUAAGAGUUGCACUCAUGCAAAGAUUGGUCAACAAGAGAAAGGAAAUGGAGAAGCAGAAUUCUGGAUUGUGCCCUAGGAUUCAGUCUAUAUUAGACAAAGAGAAAGCAAAGGCAUCAAACUGUGAUGUUCUCCCAUCAACAGAACACAUUUUUAAUGUGAGAUACUAUUUGGACCAACUGAUUGUGGACUUAGAUGCAAAGACAUGUACUUGCAAGAAGUGGGAUAUGAUGGGAAUUCCCUGCUGCCAUGCUUUGGCAUGCAUAUUCUUCCUUAACCAUAAAGCAGAGGCUUAUGUAGAUGAGUGCUACAAAACUGAAGUGUAUUUGAAAUCAUAUGUUGGGUCAAUACCUCCAAUUGAAGGAGUGAGGCAUUGGCCAAGAAUAGAAAUGAAGAUAGAUCCCCCUCCCAUCAAAGUGGGGCCUAGUAGGCCUAGAAAAAGCAGAAUAAGAGACCCAUUUGAGGAUCCAAAGAGGCCAGGGACACUAUCCAGACAUGGCAUGGAAAUGACAUGCACUUUGUGCAAAACCAAAGGCCACAAUAAAAGAGGUUGUCCACAAAAAGGUGUAAUACAACCAUCUGAACCUGCACCUAAGAAGGCCAGGGCAGGCCCAGGAAGGAGACCACAACCAGCACUGCUACACCCAACAAUGGGGUGUUCAUGCUGCUGCAGGGGUGGCAGGGGUGUCUUAGGUGGUGCAGUUGCUGGCAGGGGUGGCAGAGGUGUGUUAGGUGGUCCAGUUGCUGGCAGGGGUGUCUUAGGUGUUGUAGGGGCUGGCAGGGGUGCAAUAGGAACUGGAAGAGGGAGAGGUAGGGGGAGGGGAAGAAAUCAGAUUCCUGUUGGUGUGGGUGUUUUAUUUAGUGCUGAUGGAAAUCCUAUAUCUCAUGUCAUUGGUGAAAGAGUAACUCAAGAUCCACAAUCAAGUCAAGCUUCUUCUGUUAUGAAUCCAACUCAGUAG